AUGAACGAUUCGGACGAUGAUUACUUGGAGGUGGAUGAGGGCAUAGAGGAGAACGAUCUUUCCUUUGAUAAAAAAGGUGUGGCCCGCCGAACCCGUAAGGAAAAUCAAAAACAGAAAACCACCGCUAAUAUUGCACUCAAAGGUUCCAAUGGGGGAUACUCAUGGGAGGAUGAGUAUCAUAGAUCCUGGGACAUUGUGCAAGAGGAUGAAGCAGGGUCACUGGAAGGAAUCGUAACUGGCAUUAUGGAGGCUCACAAGAAGCGAUUUCUGAAGAAUGUAACACCUUUUCAAAGAGGUAUCAUACGAUCAAUGGUGUUGGUAAUUGACUUCAGUAAAGUCAUGAGUGAAAAGGAUCUACGACCUAAUAGAGCGGCUCUCACGAUUAGCAACGCAAUAGAAUUUGUCAACAACUUUUUCGACCAAAAUCCAAUAUCACAGUUAGGAAUAGUGCUCAUGAGAAAUGGAAUAGCAACUUUAGUCAGCGAAGUCAGUGGUAACCCAAACAAUCAUGUCGAAGCUUUAAGAAGUAUAAGAAGAUUGGAACCAACAGGAGAUCCUUCAUUGCAGAAUGCUUUUGAGAUGGCCCGAGGUCUUCUACUACAUACCCCGUCCCACUCAACUCGAGAAAUUUUGAUGAUCUUUGGUGCUCUGUUCACAUCUGACCCAGGAGAUAUACAUACAACGAUAGACUCUCUCGUAAAAGAGAAAAUAAGAGUGAAAAUUAUAGGGCUUACGGCCCAGGUGGCAAUUUGUAAAGAGAUCUGUCGAAGAACUAAUUAUGGAGAUGAUACUCUUUACGCAGUGAUUCUGAAUGAGGGCCACUUCAAAGACCUCUUAUUAGAUGCAGUGACUCCAUUAGCCAUCUCUAAAAGUGCCCAGGUAGAAAUGCGUGGCUUCACUUUGAUCAAGGCAGGCUUUCCAACUCGAAUUUCGGAAGCAAUACCCUCAUUCUGUGCUUGCCAUUCAAAAUUGAUACAUGGAGGAUAUAUUUGUCCUGGCUGCAAAUCCAAAGUCUGCAUGUUGCCAACAGUAUGCCCCUGUUGCAACCUGAUGUUAAUUCUCUCUACCCACUUGGCAAGAUCAUACCAUCACCUUUUUCCUCUUAAGUUAUUUCAAGAAGUUCCUCUAGCUGAAAGCUACAUCUCUACAAACUGCUUCAGUUGUCUUACCGAAUUUCCGCAAGGAAUGAGUGAAUCAGAGCGAUCCAACUCAGACAACAGAGCCAAAAAAGAGUUCCAUACUAGUUCAAGAUACCAGUGUCCUGACUGUAAUAAGCAUUUCUGUGUUGAUUGCGAUGUUUUUGUACAUGAUGUACUACACAACUGUCCCGGAUGUGGCUGCUGA